AAAUUUGUUUGGCCAGCCUGCUGCCUAGGCUUGCCUGACCUGAAGUUCCAUCUUCCAAUUUCCAAAGCAGAUUCAGGGGCGCAGUUGAGCAAUGCCUAUAGCGAGCCAUACCUACUAGGUACUGAUUCAUGUAGAAUAGCAUUUAUAGCUGCCUCUCAUCUCUCGUCUCUGUUCCUGCUGGACCGCUGAUUGCAUUCUGUUGCUGUCUGCGGCGCUGGCAUGGCGCGCGGUGCGGACCGCGAUGAGGACGAGGAGGAGGAAGAGAAGGAUGGGGGCACUGCGUGGGGCAGCAUCUUCAGCAUCCAGAACGUGGGCGGCAACCUGUUCACCGUGCUGCAGCUGGCGCUCAUGACGUGGGGCAUACGGGAGCUGCGGCGUGCCUGGGCCGCCCACUCUGCUGCCAAGGCGCGUGCUGCCAGCUUUGCUCAGGGCAGCGCAGCUCCCGCCUUUGCGGGCAUCAGCGCUGCGGCGCUGCGCCUGCUGGUGGACACUCAGCCGCUGCCGUACGCCAUCAUUGAUUGCCGCCCGCGCGAGGAGGCGCGCGCCAGCCCCGCCCCCUUCAAGGACGUGCUAGUCAUUCCGGAGCCGGAGCUACGAUUCGCCCUGCAGCUCCCCCCACCCGCCUGGGAGGCCCGCUACGGCCCCGCCCCUCUUCCCGACCGCCGCAAGGCCGUGGUGUUCCUGUCCGCCAAUGGGCGCCGCUCAGCGCAGGCGGCUGCGAGCGCGGCGUCGGUGGGGUACAGCCGCUGCCUGGUGCUGCAGGGGGGCCUGGCCGCGUACAUGAGCGAGGCCAAGAGCGAGCGCCGCCCCGCGCGCUGCCUCAGCCGCCACGCGGUGGCGCUGCUCCUGCAAGGCCAGGCGCGCCCAGUGGCCAACGGGGGGGACGGCCACGCGGAGGCGGGCCACGCAGCAGCGGGGGGAUGCGCGGAGAGGGGGGGGCAGCCCCCGGUGGUGGUGGUGGACCUGCGGCGGCACGACGAGCGCGCGCUGUAUGGGGCCAUACAAGGGUCGGUGCACAUCCCAGUGGACCAGUGGGCGCGUGCGCUGGCGCUGGACGGCGAGGCGUGGGAGGCGGUGUACCACUGCCCCAAGCUGGGCCGCGACGCCCUGCUCGUGCUGGCCUGCCGCACCGAGCGCCGCUCCACGUGGGCCGCGCAGGUCGCGCACGACUGCGGGCUGCGCCGCGUCUUCGUGCUCAGCGGGGGGACCAACGGCUGGCGCUUCGACCCCCAGGUCGAGGUCUACGACGGCUACAAGGAGGGGUCGGCCCCACCGGCUCCCGUCCCUUUUGAGGUGGAGAAAGUGGACGAGGAGGCAGCCACCAAAGAGCUGCGAGACUUAGGACUGCUCAGGUAAUUAGACAGACGGACAUAUAGGAACUGACGGUUUGGCAAUUUGGACGUUUCAUGUAGACUCUAAAGCAAGAAGUGCGCUGGUUAUAUCUGAACGGUCGGACUUGGAAAGGCGACGGUGUUCGAACCACUAGGAUCCAACUAUGGUGUACAUGUGAGAAGUCUGAACAAGGCAGCUUAGAUGUAACGCUUCACUGGAGAUAUUUGGGGCCGGUUAGUGAGGAUAUUCCAUCAUUGUAGAUCAUACGGUGCUUGUAAAGGGGCAUCCUAGCUUGAGCUCAAGUCUUCAAAGAUCAAGAAGGGACUCUACUUCAAUCUGCAACGUGUACUCGAAGCUUGAUUUUUGAAUGCCUCGAGCUAGCGCUUUUGGAUUAGACCUUGACAGUUUGACCUUAAGGGCAACUUGAAUUUUACUGAUGUUAUUUUGCUGCAUGAUCGAU